UAUAUCCAUGUACUUCUGACAAGAGGAGACAUGUUAAUCUAUUCGUGCAUUGCAGGUGUCAUCUACAGAAUCAUCUGGGUGCCAGAUAAACCUGAAGUCGACAAAGAAAACUGUGACAAUUCAUGCUUUGAUUCCAUAUUUAAAGGCUCCUACGAGAAAGGCGGUAGUAAACAUGGAUACAAGCACGUGUACUUCAACGCCACGCGACAGACCACGUGUGUCUGGCUCGUCACUAUGCUGUACGUCAUCCUUGGAUACGAAGCAAUCAAGCUCAUCUUCGAACACCUCUUCUCUCGUUCCCUCCGACCAAUUAUGGCGAUUCUCUUCUUCGUCAGUGUCUACCCACAUAUAUACGCCUGGUGGGCAAUAUUCAACUACUACAACGACGACUUCUACCAAAUGUUCAACCAUCAAAUAUUCUUCUCCGUCACAGAAAUGCUGUCCACGUACGCCAUCUUAAAAUCAUGCGACAGACACUCUGAAAGGCAUGUUGUGCUCUAUGGACUGAUCGUAGGGACGGCUGUUGCACAUGUUAUUAUUGGCAGUCUGGAUCAGUUCAUUUCUCAAAUUGUAUAUAUGGAGGGCAAGCCCCAUCUCACAUGGCGGGACAUCGGGCUGUUAGUCCCAGACAUCAUGGCAGUGGUACUUCCGGUUCUUGACUACAUGAGAGGGGAGAUAACUCUUAGACCUACAUGUUUAUUAUCCUUUCUGCGGGAGCGUUUCACCAAUGAUAAAUCAUCGAGGACAACUGCUUUGAUUAUAUGUGUCUAUAUUUCGGCUUUGUUAAUAACAGGCCAUCUGUUAUGAGUCAUACCUAUAAAAGAAUGUGUUAUAUGCCUACUACAUUUUGUUUCAUUUCAUUGGUUGAAUUGUCAAUUGCACGACUUGACACAGCGUUAUGUUAAUCUCACGUGAAGUUAUAUAUAUAUUGAAUAUUUUGUGUUCUGUUCUGUUCUGUUUUAACAUUAUGAAUAUAGUCAUGAAUAAAUGGAAUAUACAUCAAAUUAGCUCACACGUUUCCAUGACAAUAUUUACUAGGACAUGGGUCUUGGCUCGAUAAUUCAUCUGGAAUAAUGCUGUGUGAGGCGUUAAUCGACAUGGUUUGUAUAGUUUUUCUAAGUGUUUUCUUUUGUUUUCAUAAGUGGCUUCCAUUCAGGGUAUAUCCUUUUCGUUGUCUAAACACUCUACAUUUACCAAUUUAUAACACAAACAUACCACUUAAUAUCUUUGAAAUCUGUACAUCUGAAUCACAACAUAUCACUUAAUCCCAUAGAUCUCUGUACAUCUGAAUCACAACAUAUCACUUAAUCC